AAGUGCUCCCUUGCUGCCUGCUGCCUGCCGGGGCAUCAAAGCUGAAGGUAUAUAGUUAUGCGUUGUGAAAAUUGGGUAGGGUUUGAGGAUUUUUCCUCUGAUUUUUUUUUUGGAAUGUUUGAUAAGAGAAGACUUCAUGCGAAUACCGAUAUUGGUAUGAUGCGCAGAGAUGUCGGGUAUAUUAUCUACGAGUCCAGAUAAUGGUGAUGAUCCGAAGUAUGGAGGUGGUAUGAGAAGCGCGGAGGUAAAGACUGGGGAGGAGACGGCUGGUGUACAUGGGGAGUUGUAUGUUGCGUGGACUUCGAGGCCGCGGCGUUUGGCGGCUCCGAGGGUAGAUGGCGCUCGUCGAGAGAAGGUUGAUGUUGAUGCUGUCGUCGUCUUCGGACUCGCUGAUCGUCCGCGUGAACCGCUGGGUUGGCUCUGCGAUCACCUCGAUCGGAAUGAGGGCGAUUCUCGCAUUUUGCACUUCGGGUAUCAUCCGAGCCAGGUCCUCACGCCGGGGCACGCGAAUUUCGGUAUCAAUUAUCUUGCGGAACGACUGCUUGGGGAGUUGGUGGAGUUACGGGCUAGUGGUGUGAAACGUCCGAUUAUUUUCUUCGCGUUUGAUGUUGGAUGUGUGGUUGUGAAAAAGGCACUCACGAUCGCGGCGAAAACGAAGAGUUUGAAUGGCGAGGUUUUUGAUGCGUGCCGGACACUUGUGUUUUUUCACUGUCCGAAUCGGAGUGUAAAUGCUCUUGACAUGGAAGAUAAGCUGGCUCGUCUUCUCUAUGACUCAAGAAGUCAGGUUAGGCCUCAUGUCGCUGCUCUCCCUGGCCUGGCGGCCUCGAUACUGGAAAUCAACGAGUCGUUCAUAGCGUCGAAAUUCCUGCUUCGAAGCUACAUUGUUAGCAUCCAUGAUGAUGUUAUGCUGGGGUUCGAGGCUUGGAGGGAACUUGAACAUCACAUGUCAGCUUUGGGAACGCCAUUCGAAUGGCGUAUAUUUUGUCACCGACAGACGAACGUCUUUGUGUCUCACCUUCUGCGGUGGCUCCGGGGACUCGAAUCAAUGCCAAUACUUGGAACAGAAGCCUCCCUCGCUGCGCAGUUCCCAAAGUUGCCGUUUGACGGAGAGCGCGCUCUCCUUAGUCUAGCCACGCCUACGGAGCCGUUCAUCGUGGCGGGCCAUUCCGCGGCUCGCAUUGAGCUGUCUGACGUAUACUCGCAAUGGUUCGACUACUCGGGAACUCAGGUCCUCUAUGUGUAUUCGGGUAAAGACAACAGAGAACUCGUUCGACGGACCUCUGAACAGGUAUUCUACCAUCUGGCAGACCUGCCGCCGCGGGGAAAUAAAUUGCUACUAGUUAUGUAUUAUUCUUUCGAACAUGUCGACGCUAGAUCAUGCUCCUUGUCUAGUAUGCUUUGGACUUUCUUGUCACAGAUUACUUCUCAAUUUCCUGAGAUAAGACAUUUCAUACCCUUCAUGCUAGACCGGCUUUACGAAGAGCAAGCAUGCACUGAGGCGGAUUUGCUCGGUUGGCUCGAGUUCUUCAUAGCUCGCUUCGACGAUAUCCGCCUUGUCAUCAACCAUUUCGAUGACUGCCUGGAAUCAUCGCGGGACGCCUUCGUACGGUUUGUUGGACGAAUCGCAAUGAAGAAUGACAGGCCGAUAAAAGUCUUCCUAACUAGCAGAAAACCUGCUACAUUACAAGCCGAGCUCUCGGAGUGGCCAAGCAUUGAUCUUGAUAGGGGUAUUAAUCCGCGAGAGACAGAAAAGGGGGCAAAUCUGCAUCACGACGGACGACGCCAGAAACUUGAAUUAGCGCCCGAGCCAUCUUUUACAGUCCCAAUACGACAAGUUGUGCAGUCAUCCUCCACCACACCUGCUGCCACUGAAGCUGCUGACUCCUUAGCGCUAUCCAUUUUGUUGGAGCAACACCUUCAGCGGAACCUCACUACACAAGAAAUACUGCAGGAGACUACCCGAGGUUCUUUAGAGAUCUACAGCUUAGAAACAGUUCUCGAUCGUAUACUCCGGAGCAUACCGGAUCAAAAGCAGGCACGGAUAGCAGUUGCUUUCCUCCUAUUCGCAACGCGACCGUUGUCGACCAAUGAGUUCGCGACGCUCCUGUUCCUAGGGAGCGUUGUGGACAAUGGGGAUCAAGCUUUCCCAUUUUGGGAUCUUGUUGAUCGAUUCGAACGGCAGAGAAGAGCUUGGUUCGCUGGUAUUACUGUGAACAAGCACAGCGGGAUUCAAUUAGCACAUCCGCGCCUAGCAGAGGUGCUUCGAAGACCUGAGACACCGGAUUCUCCACGCUAUUUCUGGCAUGAGGUUGCGAGAACCGCGCAUUAUGAUAUGGCUCAUAUCUGCUUAGGCUACCUUGCUCGGGAUAAAGUCAAAGAGGAGCAAAAUCUAUUGUCCGAGAAGCCAUUCAUUGUCGAUAGCGACUUGGGCUUCAUCAGUUAUGCGGUUAGGUUCUGGCCGUACCACUUCUCACUUGCUCAACUUACCUCGACUGAAGACGAAAUGAAAGACUUACGACGGAGAAUGGAUGAGGUUGACCUCAGCCAAUGGUCAAGAACUCUUUGGCUGUUGUCAAACCCCUUCUGUCGAAGCAGAAAUCCCUGGACGUCUCCGAUCCCAGCCCUCUUUUAUCUAGGUUAUCAUAACAUUCUUCAACCGAUCAGCCCUUCAGAUAUCGCACUGGCGAUAGAGGAAGCAGCCCGAGUUGGUAACACUGAGCUUGUUAAUAGUCUUCUUGGAGCAGAAGAGGACAAGUUAUCUGAUUCUGUUCUUCUCGAGAUUAUAAAAGCUGCGAGUUCAAGUGGAAACGAGUCUUUGACUUUAGAGCUAAUCGAUCGCCUCUCACCCGAGGGUCGCGGUCAAUUAUUGGAAAGCGGACAGACUCUCCUUUUCAGAGCUGCACGACUUGGUUUAAGUCACUUGGUAAAGAAACUCAUUGAAAUUGGCGUUUCAGUUCACCCAGAGAUUCCUUACUCCAAUGGCACUUUCGCGACGCCACUUUGUAUAGCUGCUGUUGCGGGACAUACCUCAGUCGUGGAAAUCUUACUGGAUCACGGAGACGGUACCGAAUUUCAGUCUCAUCUCCAACGCACCCCGUUAUCUCUAGCAGCAUCGCAAGGGAAUGCCGACGUUAUCGAAUGUCUCACGAAGAAAGGCAAAGCGAACAUUGAGCACGUAGACGGCGGUGAUGACGUCCGAAAAGGAACUCCGCUCCUUAUCGCGUGUGAAUGGGGGAAUCCUCUUGUAGUCGAGAAACUGAUAGAAUUAGGUGCAGAUCCUAACAAAACCGACGAUAAUGGGUGGGCUCCGAUUCUGGUAGCCGCGACAUUUGGGUAUCGGAGGACUGUGCGGACUCUACUAGACCACGGCGUCGACAUAGAGACGCCAGGACCCAACGGGUACGGGACGGCUCUAAGAUACGCACUUGCGAACGGACGUGUCGAAGUCUUCCGCAUGUUGCUCAGCCGAGGUGCGAAUCCUGCUAGUUCGACAUUCCGCGAGCCGCUCUUGUAUGAGCUCGCCAGCCACAAUCUCCCAAUGACCAUCGGGAACCGCAUCGCCCUGGCCAAGCUUCUCCUCGAGGAGCACCAAGUGGACGUGAACGCAACAGGCAUUCGAGGCAGGACAGCGCUAAUACGGGCUUGCGCGAGGUCGCAAACCAGAUUUGCGACGUUUCUGCUAGGGUAUGGCGCAGAUGUAAAUCUGGCUGAUAAGAAUGGGUACACGCCGCUCUUUGAGGCUACUGAGGCGCAGAACUUGCACCUUGUUGAAGUUCUCCUUGAGAAAGGCGCUGAUGCGAAUGUGCUGACUUCGACAGGGGAACUUUCACUGCAUGAAGCUCGCCAUUCGCCUGAUUUGACGCGGUUGUUGGCUGAACGGACGAGAGAUGUCGAUUAUCCGUGGCCGAAGGGGGUCACUCCGCUAAUGGCUGCCGCAUCAAAGGGGUGGACACAGUCUGUCAAAGUCCUACUCGAGCAUAAAGCCAACAUCAAUGCAGUCUUUACCAGCGGAGACGUGUGGGUUGGCUGGACGGCAGUUAUGUUCGCUGCUUUCUUCCACUACGCAGAUAUACUCCUGAUCCUAGCAGAGCACGGGGCAGAUCUAAAGAAGGCGGGCGCGGACGGUGCUAGCGCCCUCCAUCUAAUCUUCGCAUCACCUGCGUCAGAAAAUGGAAGAGAAAUCGAACUGGAGUGUCUGGAUGUCUUGCUGGAGUUCCGGACGCGCAUCAAUAUCGACCAAUUGGGUGAAAACGGCGAGACAGUUCUACAUCGGUGUGCGCAGCGCGGCCAUCUGCGGGCUGUGCAGAAACUCGUCAGGGCCGGCGCCAACCCCAAUCUUCAAGAUAAAUCCGGCUCUACGCCGUUGGCUGUUGCUGUAUGGGAUGCUAGACACGAUGUCAUAUCGUAUCUCCUCGAACACGGCGCCGAUCCGAAUAUCGCUGGAGACGGUCUUAAUCAUAAAGAGGGUCCUCUGCACCGGGCGUGUCGUGACUCUGACUUUGCUGUGGCAAAGAUGCUGGUUGAGCAUGGGGCGGACGUCAAUCGCGACUCUGUCUCUGGUCAUGGGACGCCUUUGAUGGCUGUUUGUUUGCCGUAUUCUAAAUAUCUAGAUGGUACCGAUAAGAUCAUCUACCACCUCUUAGAACUGGGUGUAGACGUUAACGUCAGGAGUCGUUACGUAGGUAAUCCCCUGGCCGCAGCUGCUUUGGCUUGCCGCCCUGAAAUUGUCCGCGCCUUGCUGGAUAGGGGAGCAGCAUACGAUGGCGAAGACGAGAUGAGGAGAAAGCCCAUUCACUUUGCAGCCCUCAAUGGCGAGGAGAAUUUCCGGAUCAUUGAAGAGAGAGUCGGUAACGAGAUUGGAGCAUUUGACGUCCUUGGCCGCUCGGUACUCCAUUACGCUGCGCAAGGGGGUCGGUUGCGGGUUAUCAAGCGCAUCUUCGAGUUAUUACCAAACUUGGAUGUCGACACACGCGAUAUUGAUGGCUGGACUCCGCUGUGCUGGGUAGCCAGAGGAACGACCAGCUGGAUUUCCGAAGAUCGCGCGAGCGAACCGACUGAUCCUGUGGGCGUAGUCAGAUACCUCCUCGAUCGAGGCGCUGAUUGGGGUAUCAGCUGCAAAGUUGGCGACAAGAACUGGACUCCGCUGGAGAUAGCUAAAUAUACCGGAGCACCGGAUGAGAUCAUCGCUCUUUUGAAAGAGAAGCACAAGUCUGAUCCUCCAAGCAGCGGUGCAGGCGAUAUUGGCAAGGACGUCAACGACGUCAACACGCCGCCGAAGGGUAUGGCUAUAGAAGGAGUCACUUGCGAUGCUUGUCUCUGGGAGAUCCGCGGUAUCUACUAUAUGUGUAAAGUAUGUUGCGACUUUGCGCUAUGCGAGAAAUGCUGGCCCCAUCGCGACAUCACACACAUUUUUGAGUCGCCUCAUGAUUUUGAAUACAUAGAUGAGGAAGCAGAACACAACGCCCAUGGGAUAUUGAGCGAGGAGCGAACAACUGUUGACACCGGUGUUACUCCGGCUUCUUCUAUUACUUAGACCUCGUAAGGAUGGUGACGACAGCUUUGGUAUCUGGUCUGAUACAGUGAUGAAAGACAAUAGGUCCUCGUCCGUUCAGAAUAGCGUCUGAGAGCUACUGUGAUACCAGGUGUUGUGGAAAGCUUCAAAGAAUACACAAUCCAUUCACCAGCUAUACCCAGGGAGCUUUUCUUUGUCUCGAGUUACCUGUCUUUAGUUUAUCUAUGCCAUUCAUGAAUUGACCUUGCCUUGGAAACACGAAC